CGUGCAACCCUUUAGUCACGGGGCUUCGGAAAAAACACAGAGUGACGAAGAAGAAAGUUUCAAUGAAUGUGAGGAUUCCCGAAACCGUGGUUGACUGCCAGAAUGACACAGAAGCACUUUCUUGAAGGACAGGUUUAUUCUGUUCCACUGAUUCAGCCAGACCUGCGCCGUGAGGAGACAAUUCACCAAAUAGCAGAUGCUCUUCAGUAUCUGGAGACAAUAUCGGCUGACAUCUUCACCAGGGUUUCCCUUAAUGUCGAAAAAAAUCGGAACCAUCUACAGGCAGUUACAGACCGCAUAAAGCUUGCCCAAGCCCGUAUUGAUAAAAUUAAAGGGAGCAGGAAGGCAAUUAAGGUUUUUUCUAGUGCAAAGUACCCUGCCCCUGAUAAACUACAAGAUUACUGUUCAAUAUUUUCUGAUGCUGCCGAUCCAGCAGCCCACAAACGUCCACGUUAUAAAGUGCAAGGAAAGCACAGAGCUCUGGAUGAGAAAGUAUUACAGGAGAAGCUGAUGUACUUCCCUGUAUUCUUAAAUGCUAAAAGGCACUCUGAAGAUGAAACAGAAGAAGGCCUGGGAAGCUUGCCUAGGAACAUCAAUUCAAUAAGUUCACUGCUGCUUUUUAACACCACAGAGAAUCCCUAUAAGAAGUAUGUACUUCUGGACCCACUGGCAGGGGCUGUGACAAAAACGCACACUACACUUGAAACCGAGAAAGAAGAGAAACCAUUUGAUGCCCCACUGUCCAUUACAAAACGCGAGCACCUUGAGAGACAGACUGCAGAAAAUUAUUUUUAUGUACCAGAUCUAGGCCAGGUGCCCGAAAUAGAUGUGCCAUCCUAUCUCCCAGAUCUUCCUGGAAUUGCAGAUGACUUGACCUACAGUGCAGAUUUAGGCCCUGGGAUUGCACCCUCAGGACCAGCAGGAAUCAUCCCAGAACUGCCAUCAUUUUCAACAGAAGUAGGAGAGCUCAACGGCUCAGAUAUACCAUAUCGGGAUGUAGGUCUUCCUCCUCCACCUCCACCACCCCCACCCCCUCCUCCUCCACCACCAUCAUCUGAAGCCACCUUCUUAAAUGCAUCUACACCGCCAGCUCCUCCUCCUCCACCACCUCCACCUCCAGCAGUGACUGGUGUCAGUGGAGAGAUCGGACAGCAGACCCCAGGUCUCGUGCAGGGAGCUCCCGCAGAGGUGGUGAAGCCUUCCGACGGACGAGCUAAUCUCUUGGAGUCUAUUCGCAAAGCGGGUGGUAUAGGAAAAGCCAAACUUCGCAGUGUGAAAGAGCGAAAAAUGGAGAAAAAGAAACAGAAAGAACAAGAACAAGUGCGAUCAACAGCUAGUGGAGGAGACCUAAUGUCUGAUCUCUUCAAUAAACUUGCAUUGAGGAGGAAAGGCAUCUCUGGAAAGGUUCCUGCUCCAGGAGAGGGCAGUGGGGAUGCACCUGCCAGUUCCGGUGGUGCCUUUGCCCGAAUGUCUGAUGCAAUUCCUCCCCUUCCACCACUUCAGCAAGCAAAUGCAGAAGACGAUGAGGAUGACUGGGAGGCCUAACUGCUUUCACCAUCUUGUUUUUUCUCUGUAUAGAUAAGUGUGACUUUUAAAGGAAUCCCUGUAUGUCUAUGAUUGAUCAAGACAGAGAAACAAGGACUAAACUCUUAGAUCAAAAACAGCACUAAAUGUGAAGAAAGAGCGAGCGAGCAAGCGAGCCCUGGCCACAUUAUAGCAGAUGUCAUUCCAUCAAAAUCUAUUACUCAGUCCUUUAAAUAUUGGAACGAAGGAGCUCCCUAUUUAAAUUGAAAUGUUCAGAGGCUUGGUGCAGUUUAUUUUUUUGAAGUAUUUCUCUUCAGCUGUUGUUUUGUCUUACAAUGAACAGUUGAAAUAUAACUGUUUUUGUCUCAGAUUUGAAUAACUGUCCCAUGAAAUGCUCUACCUGAAUGUUUUUUAUAACUAAAAGCAUACGGUCCAACAAAAAAAUGUAUAUAAAUAGCUCAGUUUACAAUUUGUUAUACUGUAUCAAUGCGCUGAAUAAAAAAUACACACUUUAAAAUGAAA